AUGGCAACUUUCAACUACUUCGCAUACCGUCACCAGCCUCUCAAGACAUUGUUCUUGCUCUAUACAGGCGUCUCUCUCUUUGUGCGCAUCCCGUUCUGGAUCACCACAAAUCUUCUUCCGUCGUGGCGCCCUCGACGCUCGUGGACAUUGUCGCGCACACUUAUCGUCAACCUCUUGCGCGUUGUUUCUGAUACUAUCUUCAAGACGUCCGUCAGCAUCUUCUCCAUCGACCCCAAGCUGCUCGAGCAGCCGCUCGCGGCGGAGGCUGGUCUUGUCUGGGUUGACCCGACUCCCGAUUUGAUAUUGGGUGAAAUCAAGGAUGCUGCAGAUCUGAACGGGGUCACUUCUACCAAGGUAGCCGGCUUUUGGUACGGGGAGAGGGGACUAGAUGGUGUCGUGGGACAAAAAGCCGAUCCAGACGAAAAGGUAAUAUACGAGUUGCACGGUGGUGGAUUCGUGACUGGAAAUGCGUCACCGAAGGGGAACUCUGCCUACUUUUGCAAUCAGAUGCUCCAGUUUUGCGACGGGUAUCAUCGCAUUUUCCAGGUCGAAUAUCGGUUAAGCCAGGGCCUUCCUCUACCUCCAAAGAAUCCAUUCCCCGCCGCUUUGAUUGAUGCGAUAGCAGGCUACAAUUAUCUUGUUAACGUGGUUGGCUACAAACCAUGCAAUAUACUCGUGAUGGGCGAGUCAUCAGGUGGAAACCUGGCCUUGGCCCUCGUCCGUUAUUUGGUCAACUAUGCGAUCCCUUCUCUACCCCCUCCCCAUGCACAAUUUCUCCUGUCUCCCACUCUCGAUUGGGGCUGCACGCACGUCGGACCGGGCUCGGCGAUGGAACGAAACUGCAAUUCUGACCUCAUCUAUGCAUUCGUGGGCAGUUACACCACUCGAGCUCUAUUGGGAUCUCUUCCUGAAACAGAUGCAUAUGCGAAUGUCUGGAUAUCUCCCGGAAGUGGUCGCCUUCCUUCCGCAAAGGGCCGAUUCGCCGGACUACCUCAGACUCUGAUUAUUGCGGGAGAUGCUGAAAUGACGCUGGAUGGUAUGAGGAUGCUACGAGACCGCAUGAUUGCAGAUAAUGGGAAUGAUAUAGUAACAUAUAUCGAGCUACCAGAUGCGACACACUGCUCGCUGUCUUCGCAGUGGCAUAUGCCCGAGAGUAUCGAAGGUUACAGCUUAGUUGCUAACUGGUUGCAGGGCACCAAUUCUGUGAUGUAA